AUGUUCUCGCGAACGGCCCAGCCAGCCCGGUCGGACAUCUUCAAGCCCACCAAGUAUGGUGGCAAGUACACGGUCACUCUGAUUCCCGGUGACGGUAUUGGCGCCGAAGUCGCCGAGUCUGUCAAGACCAUCUUCAAGGCCGACAAUGUGCCGAUUGAGUGGGAGCAGGUUGACGUGAGCGGUGUUGACACCGGCAACAAGCACUCGGAGGAGCUGUUCAAGGAGUCUUUGGCUUCGCUGAAGCGUAACAAGCUGGGCCUUAAGGGUAUCCUCCACACCCCUGUGGAGCGAUCGGGCCACCAGUCCUUCAAUGUUGCUCUGCGUCAGGAGCUGGACAUCUACGCCUCGAUCUCCCUGAUCAAGAACAUCCCCGGCUAUGAGACUCGCCACAAGGAUGUCGAUCUGUGCAUUAUCCGUGAGAACACCGAAGGAGAGUACUCCGGCCUGGAGCACCAGUCGGUGCAGGGAGUCGUCGAGUCUCUCAAGAUCAUCACCCGCGCCAAGUCCGAGCGCAUUGCCAAGUUUGCCUUCAGCUUCGCCCUCGCCAACAACCGGAAGAAGGUCACUUGCAUCCACAAGGCCAACAUCAUGAAGCUGGCCGACGGUCUCUUCCGCAGCACCUUCCACAAGGUCGCCGAGAACUACCCCACUCUGGAGGUCAACGACAUGAUCGUGGACAACGCGUCUAUGCAGGCCGUUUCCCGCCCCCAGCAGUUUGACGUGAUGGUCAUGCCUAACCUCUACGGUGGUAUCCUCUCCAACGUUGGUGCUGCUCUCGUCGGUGGUCCCGGUGUGGUCCCUGGCUGCAACAUGGGCCGUGAUGUGGCCGUUUUCGAGCCUGGCUGCCGUCACGUCGGUCUCGAUAUCAAGGGCAAGGACCAGGCCAACCCCAGCGCCAUGAUCCUGUCCGGCUCUAUGCUGCUGCGCCACCUUGGUCUGGAUGACCACGCCAACCGUAUCUCCAAGGCAGUCUACGACGUGAUUGGUGAAGGCCAGACUCGCACCCGCGACAUGGGUGGCCAGGCUACCACUCACGAGUUUACCCGUGCCGUCUUGGACAAGAUGGAGGCGGCUCUGUAA